AAGAAUUAAGAAAAGAAUUUAAAAAGCUUUCAACUAAAACUCCUCCUAGUAGCGUAGAGAAAGAGCGUAAAGAAUUAGAAAAAGAACUACAAGCUAUUAUUAAUAAGUACCAAAAAGCAGGAAUUGCCACUAAUUUUGAAAAAGAAUUGAAUGAAUAUAACCACCGAACAACAGGAGAAGGGAUGCAUUUUCACCAUGCUGAUACUUGA